UUUGAGGUUGUGGUCGUGAAAAGUCACACAUUUCAGCACAUGAUAGUCGACCAUUUCGUUCGCUAUUGCGUUUCUAGUUUUUUUCGCGUCAGAGCACAGUCACGGGUAAUUGUUUUAAAUAUUGAUUUUUUUAUUGGGGGUCUUGCUUGCAUGUGUGAGUCAGUGAAUGUUUAUAACAUUAGUUGGGGCCUGCGUUAUACUAUUUUGGGAUCGGCCAAAUAUGUUGGCUUUGUGAUCAUGUUUUAACCAUCAGUGUGUUCUCGAGCGCUCAGUCCUCUAAGGUUCUCUGCCAAAGAAAAUUAUUGUGUCUCAGCGCUUCCUGUUAUCGUGUGUAACUUUUUAAGUGUCUGGAUUUCUUACUCGGUAUAAAAUAAACAAGCUAUUGUUCCAGUAUUCUUCAUAAAAAAGUCUAGUCUAAAAAGUUUCUACUUAAAGAGUAUUUCUUGUACUUAAAAACAUAUAUUUUACUAUUUAAUAUAAGAGCUGUGAUACACAAACUUGUGGACAUACAGACUGUGCAAUUUUUUACAUAUAUAAAGUGUGCAAUUUUUAUAUAUUAUUAAAUCUAAAGUUAUUAAAAUAUAAAAAUAACCUGGCUGGCCAAAGAUUUUGAAAGUUUAGUGUUAAAUUAUGUAUUUGAUGGAGAAGUGAUAUUGGAUGAGUCGUGAAAACAAGAUGGCGCUGCCUCCACAACAGUUCUGUGUGAGGUGGAACUCCUACCACACCAACCUACAGGCAGUAUUCCCCCGCCUGCUGCUAACGGAGCAGUUCGCUGACGUCACGCUCGCGUGCGAGUCCCGCCAGCUGCGAUGCCACAAGCUGGUGCUGUCUGCCUGCUCGGCGUACCUGGAGCGCCUGCUCACGCAGAACCCUUGCAAACACCCCAUUGUGCUCAUGAGGGACAUGCGGUUCAGCGAGAUGCAGGCGUUAGUGGACUUCAUGUACAAGGGCGAGGUGAACGUGACGCAGGAGGAGCUCCCCAGCCUGCUCAAGUCCGCUGAGGCGCUGCAGAUUAGAGGUCUAUGUUCAAGCGACAACACCGGCCUGUCUGAGUACACCAAGCCGGAGAACAAGGACUACACGGUCGCUAGCGAGGCCUUAGUCGCGCAUGCGCAGAGCCAGAACAAUGCCAACACCAACGGCCCCAGCCCGCCGCCAGCUAAACCGGCGACUCCCUCGACUAACGGCUCUAAGAAGCGUAAGUGUGAGGACAGAGAAGUGAAGGAGGAGACAGUGGAGGAAGACGGACUGUACUACGGCGAGCUGGAUACUGACAACAUGGAUUACAACGAGGAUGAGGAACCUUCAAAACCGGGCAGUAGUCUUGGACAGGCUUCGGGUCGUGGCCUCCCCUACAUACGAGUUAAGCCGGAAAGUGAAUUAUUUUUCCAAAACAAACUGCAAAAUUUAGCCAAAGUCAACUCUGACUACAUACAACGACUCUCAAGAAUGAACGCGACAGAUAUACAGAAGGAAUUCUCAAAAUACGGCAUUACAAACAUGGCUACCGAAGAUUUUCUGCAAAAAACCACAGAAAAAGCCGAAAACGACUACUACAAGUCGUGGUUAGAACAAAACGGCGAGCUGGAAGUCUCACUUUUGAAAGCGAGCCAGAUAAAAAAACCGAAAAUCGACACCAAAAACCAGAAAUCCGAGGUCGAGCUCAUACCAAAGAUGAAGGAAAGUGUUGCUGCUAAAGAUAUUUACCCGAAAAUCGUGGAGAAGGCUCCCAUCCGUAGGCGUGGGCGACCGCCUAUUUUUAAGGACAAGAAUGUCGAUAUAGGCGAGACGGUGCUAAAAUCGGAUUUAGAUCAGUUUUUAGAGGGCAAGGAGGUCAGUUCAUCAGGGUUGUCGCGUAAAGAUCUGGAGCGAGUGAUGAUGGGAAAGUUCAAUCCAAACAGACGGUACUCUAAUGAGGCGAUGUGGGCCGCUCUUAUGGAUGUCAAGAAAGGAGGGAGUAUCUAUAGGGCCGCGCAAACCCACAAAGUGCCGCGGAAGUCACUCAGGAAUUGGAUGAAGCGCUGUCACAUAAAGUCUUCGUUCCCGAUGCCGCAGCAACUCAAACAGUUCGUGGAGAACAGCAAGAAACAGAAAGAGUACAAGACCUUCGACACCUUCCAGGAUUCACCGAAUUUCGGAGAAAAAAGCGGCACGGAGACCGAGCAGUAUGAACCUGAAGUUGAAUUCGGAAAGCACUUUUUAACCUUCGCCAGUGCUACAAUGUCGAGCGAAGACGAAAAUGUUGCCACGCAAAAAAAUUUAGAGGAAAAUGGGGAGAGUACCAGUGCUGGCAACACUGGUAACGUUACCAAUGCCGCGAUCGAUAUGUCGUUGCAUGAGUAAAGAAAAAAUGUGUUCGAUUUUCGAAUUUGAAUUUGAACUGUUGAUGGAACGUGUCUUAUAGAUUAGGAAAAGUUGAUGUUUUAAGUACUUAAUACUGGCCAGUAGGAAUUUUCGAAAUGCCUUUUUAAUAAUGCCAAAAGUAUUUUUUUUACAAUUACUGUAUGGAAUCUAAACGUUUUUACCAUACAAAAAAAAAUUGCAAAUUCAACGAUUUAGUCGUAAUAGCUAUUUAUAAAAAUAGCGAUAAUUGGCCCAAAGGCGUAUACGAACUUUUUCUUAUAAAAAAAUAAUAAAAAAACUGCCAAAGAAAAAGCAAAGAAUAUGAAAACUGUAUGGUUAAUAUUAUUUUUAAGUUUUAAUUAUUUACCCAAAGAUAGAAAUGUUAUAAUUAUGUUCCUUUUUAGACAUUUUUUCUUUUCCUAAAAUAUGCCCAAAGAAAUUAGAGAAUGAAAUAUUUUAAAAAAAUAUAUGACUCAAGUGUUGCCAAUUAAAAAAACUGCAAUAGUAAUUGGGAAAAAUUUAUUGAGCCAUAUAUUUAACUUAUUAUUUAUUUUUAUUUUAAAUAUUAUAUUUAUAGCGUUUUAGAAUAGAUAAGGUAAACAGUUUUUUUUUUUAUUAUCACUUCCUAAAAAAUAUACAUGCAUAUAAAAUCACGCCUGUAUCCUUAUCAGGAUAGGAUUAACCAUAAGUCUUCAAUGAAACAACCGGAAGUCACGCUUGAUAUUCGUCCCAAAAUGGAUGAUGUGACAGAUAAAAAUUAAAAAAUAAUUAGGCUACUAUUCACUAGUAAGUAACGGCAACGGCCUCCGUGGUCCAGUGGUUGAGCGUUCUGCUCGGUCCCGGGUUCGAAUCCCGGUCGGGAUAAAUCACUUUGUGAUCCCUAGUUUGGUUAGGACAUUGCAGGCGGAUCACCUGAUUGUCCAGAAGUAAGAUGAUCCGUGCUUCCGAAGGCACGUUAAGCAGUUGCCCCGGUUACUACUUACUGAUGUAAGUACGUAGCCUUUACAUGAGUCAUGUCAGGGGCCUUUGGCGGCUCAAUAGUAACCCUGACACCAGGGUUGGUGAGGUCGGUCGUUGAGCUUACAACCCAGAAGAGAAGACUAUAUUUUUAGGAAGCGAUAAUUAAAAAUAAAUCCUUAUUACAGAAUCAAGUCUAAAGAUAAAACUAGGUUUAAUAUAAUAAUCUGCGCCGCGAAAAAAGUCGACGGUUUUUAAUGGAACUAAUUGAGAAGUAAUAGGUAAUAGGCUAGUUUGCAACUAGUCAAAUUAGCUACUUUUUACUAAACGUCAAAACACGAAAUACCUAUGGAAUUUGAGUAAAAAAAAAAUUACGUUUUUCUUGAUUAAAAUUUAUAAAUAAGCGACAUAACAAAACGAAUCACUUACUUUUUAUUUCACUAAACGUCAAAACAACCAUCACUAUGGAAUUUGUGUGAAAAAACAUUACGUUCUUCUUGAUUAAAAUUUAUAAAUAAGUUGCAUAAAAAAGGAAUUACUUACUUCUUAUUUCACUUAACGUCAAAACAACCAUCACUAUGGAAUUUGUGUGAAAAAACAUUACGUUUUACUUGAUUAAAAUUUAUAAAUAAGUUGCAUAAAAAAAGGAAUUACUUACUUUUUAUUUCACUAAACGUCAAAACAACCAUCACUAUGGAAUUUGUGUGAAAAAACAUUACGUUCUUCUUGAUUAAAAUUUAUAAAUAAGUUGCAUAAAAAAGGAAUUACUUACUUCUUAUUUCACUUAACGUCAAAACAACCAUCACUAUGGAAUUUGUGUGAAAAAACAUUACGUUUUGCUUGAUUAAAAUUUAUAAAUAAGUUGCAUAAAAAAAGGAAUUACUUACUUUUUAUUUCACUAAACGUCAAAACAACCAUCACUAUGGAAUUUGUGUGAAAAAAAAUUACGUUUUUCUUGAUUAAAAUUUAUAAAUAAGUUGCAUAAAAAAAGGAAUUACUUACUUUUUAUUUCACUAAACGUCAAAAUAACCAUCACUAUGGAAUUUGUGUGAAAAAAAAUUACGUUUUUCUUGAUUAAAAUGUAUAAAUAAGUUGCAUAAAAAAAGGAAUUACUUACUUUUUAUUUCACUAAACGUCAAAACAACCAUCACUAUGGAAUUUGUGUGAAAAAAAAUUACGUUUUUCUUGAUUAAAAUUUAUAAAUAAGUUGCAUAAAAAAGGAAUUACUUACUUUUUAUUUCACUAAACGUCAAAACAACCAUCGCUAUGGAAUUUGUAUGAAAAAGCACACUGUGACGUCAUAGAAAAACGUGAUAAAAUGUCGGAUUUAUUGUUAUUAGAAAAAAGAAAAUGUUUGUCGUUAGUUUUAGAUGUGUCUUUAUUUAGUAAUCAGAAUUGCAUAAUAUAUCUUGAAACUAGUAUACGACCCAAUUGUAUGCAGAAUCUGCGACAGUAGCGCCGCCGCGGGACUUCUUUGGUGACGCGAACUAUAUUUUAAACCAAGUUUAUCUCUUAGGGGUUUAACCACAUCUGGCGACACCUCAUAGCAGUUUCCUACGCUUCCUUUUCUUUUAGUCAGAUUUUCUAUUUAUUUUUAAAAAAAUGUCCUUCCUGCUGGAUAGAUGGCGCUGAACUUUGUAGGUUACUGCAUGGAACGGAACGUUAUAUUACUUGUGAUUUUCCUUUUGAAAUCAUAAAACGAAACGUAUUUUUCACAAUGAUUAUGUUUUGAAAAUAAAACUAAUUAACAAAUAACGAAGAAAGAAAUCUUAAAUAACGAAAAAUAAAACUGAAUCUUAUCAGAAUAUCCCGAGAGAAUGAGAAUUAAAAAAAAAUCUUUGUCUCGUUUAUUUAUUUCUUAAAUUAAAUUUAAGUUUUUUUCUAUCAGUGGCAUCUAUCAAUGGCCCAGUAACGUAGCUUAACUAGCGUCAUCUAUCGAGUUCUUGAGAACUAUUAUUUUUUACAUCCUAAAACAGAAAAUCUCAUUUGAAAAAUGUGAAUCGACGAGGCGAUAGCGUGCGUCAACGUGCGGUCGCUCUCUUUCGCUCUAGCAAAUGACGGUUCUGAAUAACAGAAAAGAAUAUAAGCAUAGGAAAGUGCUAUCAGGUGUUGCCAGAUGUAGUUAAAUCAUUAGUCUUCAUUUUGUAAUAAUUCUAAUAUAUUUAUAAUAAUUUAAUUAAUAUUUAAAACUGAAAUUUGGCCUUUUGAAAGAAGUGUGCUUGAACGGACUACGUCCAAUGUAAAGACUUAAAUGAAAUUUUAGAUUUUAAUAAAUAUUUGAAAAUGUAUAAUUUGUAAGUGAAACUAAAAAGUACUUAUAUUAUUAUUAUCAUAAUACGCGGAUAUUUUUUAUUCACUUUUUACCUUCUUUGGGUGACCUUUCGCUUUCAUAUACAGGGUGUUAGUGACACCGUAAAGACUACAGAGGGGGAUGAUUCAGACCAUGAUUCUAAGACAACAUCACUAUUGUUCCUUGUGGAUUAGGGGUGAAUAAAAAAUAAUCAUGUAUACAAAAUGGCUCUGAUCCUAGCAGAUACUUAAUUUUAUUUUAAGUUAUACCUGUCAUUUUUUUUUUCGCCGAAAGUUGAAGGGACGAAUUGUCGACAGUCAUAAAAUUAACGGAACACAUGUUAAUUUUAGGCCGAAAUUUAAACAACCUUACUAAAUUUUGGCCAAUCUUACAUUGGCCAAUAACCUGACAAAAUUAAAUUGAGAGCACACGUCAAAGUUGCACAGCAGCGAGACGCCUAUUUGAUUCACCCGGAUUAUUCUUUCUUUUUAAAGUUAACAGUUGUCAACCAUCCGUCCCUUUCCGGCGGAUAAGAAAAUGACAGGUAUAACUUAAAAUAAAAUUAAGUGUUGUCUGCAGGAAUCAGGUCCAAACCAACGUGUCCGUUUUGCUUUCGGUGUUUCAAUAUAAGUCGAUGACAUUUGCUAUUGCAAAAAUGUUAAGCUUUUUUUUCAAUAAUGAAGGACUUUCCAGGCCUCGUUCCCAAACAAAAUAUAGAUGGCGCUGUACAUAUAUUUAACGCGAUUACUUAGGCUCUCAAAAUAAAAAUAUAAUUUAAAAAAUAUAAAGUGUAAUGGCAGAGGCAUAUUAUUAUAUAAAAAUAAUUGUUGCUUGAUAUUUGGAUCACAUUAUGUACGGACACGAGUAGUAAUAUGUAUACACUUUGAAACCAUGUCACAUUAACUUUUUUGACAAAUUUAACCGUAAGUCUCAUUAAAUGUCAAAUAUGAAAGUGCGACAGGGUUCACCCAAAAACAAAGAUAAAAGAUGCAUGUUUGUUAUCCAUGAAGUGCCAUCUAUUUUUUUUUUUUGGGAACGUGGUCUGGAGUGUGCCUCAUUAGGUCCAGUUGAGGAUUGACCUAAAUCUGACCAGCCUAAAACCUUAAAUAUGUUCCUACUUUUUAACGAAAAUCUUCACACUGUUUACUCUACUGUUAAAAAGAGAGUAAUGUUUACAAAAAAGCUGUUUCGUUUUGUAUUCUGUGGCGUGCUUCAUUUGGCACUAAAUAGUUAAAAAAAAAAACUGUUUUAAGUGUAACAAUAAUAAUGUCAGUUUUAUAAGCGUCUUUAAAAGAUUUUUAAGUGAAAUACGGUACCGUACCGUAUUUAUUUUGAUUGUUUGUAAUGAAAUAUUUGUUAAAAUGCUAAAUACAAAUUAUGUUUUCUUAUAUACAAAAUUGCAUCCAAUUAACGGCCUAAGCUGUAAGAGAAGUUUCUAACUGCAAUCGAACUGUAAUUCAACUGCAAUCUAAUUGCAAAUAGGUUGCAUAUAAUAUUGUGCCUCAUUAAAUUUAACUGGAUUAGAAUGACAGCUGAGGCGCUAAAAAGACACCCCCGGUCAACAACUCUUUUUCCCGGUAUGCAUUUUUUACCCUACUAUGUAUACUACUCUAUAUCCAGUUAUAUGCCUUUCAUCCCUCCUCGUUACAUUUAUUAUUCAUUGAUUCUAAUCAAGCUACAUUUUAUCAUCAUCAAUUUAAGAGCCACGCUCUUGUCGGUGCAGCAUUCUCAUUGCUACAUUUUUAGGUAAAAAUAGGACAGUGGUUGCCCUCUUGCCUUCCGCCCCGCAGUACUCUGACGCGAGUGGGAUGGCGCCCAGAGUAGUAUAUUACAAAGCUGCACUAGGACUCCUGUCCUCCGCCUCUGAAUAGUACUGACAGUUACUGCUGCCCUCUGUCAGGUUCUAGGUUACAUUUAAUGCGGUACAAAAAAGAAAACUAAUAUUGGUACCGUCAAGAGUAUUACAUGUAUACAUUUUGGUACCAUGUCACGUUACAUUUUGUGACAAAUCGAACUGUAAGCCUUACUUAGUGUCAAUUAUGUUAGAGCGACAGGGUUCCAAAGUGGAUGCACAUUACUCGGGACUACACGUGGGGUGAAUGGAUAAUAAUGAAUUACGGGACUGAAUGUCAAAUAAAACUCCGGUACCUAGUAUAAUUAUUUGUGAUCUGAAUACCGACCACGAUUUUAUAAAUAAAAAAAAAUAGAAGCGCGUCUUUUUAACCCAUCAAGUGCCUACUAGUAUGUAAUAUACAUAAUACUAUAUACAUAGAUGUAAGUUACUGUAUAGAAUAUACUUUACAAGUUAUAACUUGAACAGAAAUAUACAUAACCAUUUGUUUACAGGUAAUAACUUUUUUUGACGUAGACAUUCUCUCGUCUCUUUCGUACUUAGCUGUAUACCUUUAGUGCGAAGGAGACGUAUCUCUCGUCUCUUUUUAACUAGGCGAUAUACUAUAUAUUUGUCCUGCUCUCACUCUAAUCAUGUUGGACCCUGGAAAUGCUAGGGGGAGCACAUGACAGGAAAGUAAGGAUAUACUCCAUACUCCCUCAAAUAAGGGUUUUUUUUUCAUCAUUGACGUUUAUUUAUCCUCAUAAGGUGAUAAAUAGGGCGUUAGUGAAAUAGUAACGAAUACUGAGGGGGAUGAUUCAGAGUUGAUAUCAAGUGGAAUUAUCCGUCGCAAAAUUCAUGUUUUUUUUGUGUUAUUUUAAAAUCUAUACAUUUGCGAUGGAAAUUUUCACUUGAUAUCAACUCAGAAUCAUGGGCUCAAUCAUCAAGGUUUUCUUUACGAUGUCACUAACACCUGUAUGUUGUAUUUCUGUCCAAGUUAACAUCGGUGCUAAUUCCUGUACACACCGUCUAAUUUUAUUUUAAGUUAUACCUGUAAUUUUUUUAUCAGCUGAAAAGGAGAGUUUGAGAGUUUUCUCUUUUGUUUUUUCCUGUUUGUGCAAUAAAGUAUUUGUUAUGUUAUGUUAAAGGGACGGGUAAUCGACAUGCAUAAAAUUUAUGGAACACACGUCAAUUUUAGGCAGAAAUCUAAAACAACCCUCUAAAAAUUUUACAUUGGCCAAUAACUCGAUAGAAACAUGGAAAACGAACACAGAAACUUAUAUUAAGUUAUACAAUUUCAAAUAAAAUUAGAUAGUGUAUACAGCAAUCAGCACCAAUGUAAUAUAAAUAUGUAUUAUAAACCGUCAGUCAGUGUUAUGUGCAGUAUUAUGUUGGGAUUCUAUUUUACUUUCGUUAAUUUUGGAUAUAGUCUCUGGAGAUAAAAAAAAUACAAGUCCAUCAAAGAAGGGACACAAUAAUCUCGACGCUAUUUCAUCUUUGACCGCCCAUGCUGUUCGGAAACAAGCAAUAUUGCAUUUUGACAUUUGCGCAUAUAAAAGUAAGUGCGCAAUGCAAACAAAUGUCAGGACCCCGAUACCGCCGGCGUGGUCGACGAUUUCCCUCAAUCAGCGCUUAUCGCUAUCGACUAAGGUCGAUUAAGUCUUUCAAAUAUUUUUCCUCUCAGACGCUCUGAGCAGAGGUUCGCGCCCAACUGGGCACCCUCAGGCCUGUUGUCUUAAACGUUGUACCGGGUGAGAGCCUUCAGCGCUCCCCAUUUGUGCGGCCAAGUAGUUAAUGCCAUCUGCGGCAAAUCUACAAUAAGUCAUGUCAAAAAAAAAAAUGCAAACAAAUGUCAAAUAGCAAUAUUGCUUUUUUAGAUGAAUUCCUUCGAUGUGGCUGUUUAAACCCCCCAGAUUACUAUUUUCAACUUUAAGACACGCGAUACUUAAAUAUGUACUUAAAUAGAAUUAUGUUCAAUGAGGAUAAAACUGCCUAUUUCUCCCAUCAGGUGUCGCUACUGUUGAGUGUUUUUAAAUUUUGACAGUUCCCCGUACUAUUUGAGUAUACAAACAUAUUGUUUUGGUUUUUACACUAUAACCCUUUGCGCAGCGUUUAACUGCAAAAUCAUAGUGUUAUAAUAUUCCCUCAAGAUCGGAAAGAGGAAACCUUAGAAAAACUUAUUUUCAAUCAAAACUGCCUUUUUCCGAUUGGCUGCUUUUCUUCUUAGUAACUCAUCCUUCAGACGAAAUUUAUCUCGAAUUUUGCUAAAAUUACUUAUUAUUUUGAUAAUUUUAAU